AUGAAGCUAGAUUGUCGCGUAUUGGAAAUUUUAGCUUUUCAUCCAGACUACGUCAGCCUCAGCGUAAACGAACGUCCUAAUGACGACUUACGCAUUUAUACUGAUCAGCAGCCGUUAAUAUUCGCUGUGUCGGAUAAAAAUCCCAAUGCGAAACUAAAACGCUGGAAAGGUAUUAUCGAUGAUCACGGAGCUAAGCACCACAACAAGAUCCUAGACUUCGAGAAUGGAGACCUAGUCGCCGAUUGCGCAGCACGAAUUGUCAAAAUCGGGGGCUGCAAAGCUACAGUAGACGCUACCUUCUGCAAGGAACUUCAAGGCGACACAUGCGCACAACAGAUGGUGGCCGGGGUGACUGCACAAUGCUACACCCUACCAGGUCACUUGAGUACAGUUACUGCAGUGGACCACGGUACCCUCAUCAUCAACGACGGCCAAGUGACCAUCAUCGACCUCGGUCUAAAACAAGAUAUAUCUGGCUCAUACCUUGUAACCUACUCUAGCAAGGUAUCACUAAACGGCUCCUGGUACAUAAACCAACUUGGAACUUCGAGGAAAAAGCUAUGA